CCACCCAUCGCCCCUGCCUCGAGCCCAAAUCCAUGUCUCGGCACCAGUUCGACCUCGUCCAGUGCAUGAAGCGGCCCGGCACGCACUUCGGCUUCUUGUGCCUGCAGUGUGACGGCAAAUGUCCCAUCUGCGACUCGCUCGUCAAGCCUUCGGCAAAAGCCCAGGUCUGUGACGGCUGUUCUUUUGGCCAUUUGGCCCUGCGGUGCAUUCUCUGCGGAAACCACUUUGGCGAAGGCCCGGACAGGGGCUCGCCCGCCUACUAUUGCCACGAAUGCGUUGUCCAGGAGAAGCACCGCGACGGGUGCCCUCGGAUCGUCAAUGUGGGCAGUUCCAAGGCCGACCAGCGACUCAACAAAAAAACAAAAGCAUUGACGUGACGAUGCGGAAACACGCGUGGAAGCUGAGGGGGGAGCAAAGCUCUGGCCCAAGUGGGCGGUUUUCUGGCGCGUGUGCCGAUGCUCGUAGUCGUCUCAGCCCUUAUCUGAUUGAGGCUCGAUGCUUGAUAUAGUUUGCGGCAUGAUUGGGGCAUGCCUGUUGGUAUUUACUGGAUUUUUAUGCGGGAGGCUGGACCGAUACUUGUGCCUGGAGGUCCACGGGAGCCGGACAGCCGUCGUACAUCG